GAGCUUUUUGUUCAGUAUUUGGCUACGUACUCCUACAAACAUGGCAGAGGCAAGGAGAAGAAUGCUCUAACUUACAGUGACCUGUCUCAUACUGCAGAAGAGUGCGAGACCUUUCAGUUCCUUGCAGAUAUCUUGCCAAAGAAGAUCCUAGCUAGCAAGUACCUAAAAAUGCUUGAAAAAGAGAAGCGAGAUGGAGAAGUGGGGGAAGAUGACGAAGAGGAUGAGGAGGAAGAGGAGGAAGACGAAGCUGUUGAUGAAGAUGGAUCUUAAGACCAACGGAGAAUUGCUUCACAGUUGAUCCAUUUUCUGUUGUAUAAAGGAUGUUAUUUUUGUGACUGAGAAUCCAGAUGCUGGAUGUAUUUAUAUACUGAGCCAUCCGCUUUUGCUUUCUUUAAGAAGUUUAGAAAUGGAACUUUAUACUUGCUGAAGAAUGGAAUUCUUC